UUUCUGCACUAAUAAAGGAAUGCUAUCUGUUGUGAACUUGUGAUGCUACUGAUUAGUGAUUGGUAGCUAUAAUUAUCUACUAUAAUCGUGUGGCCUAGGGAUGGUUCUGAGUUGGGUUUUUCUCUUAGUAAUAUCUCAAGUUUGGACCAUAGGAGAGUAGGGAUAUGUACUGGUUGUCUCUAUUUCAUAUUAAUGGUUCACAUUUUGCAUAUUGUCCACCUUUUUUCUAAAUAGUAUUGCAAAUUUACAUAUAACUCUAGUUUCGUCGCUGAUUAUAUUAAAAAGUUGUCUAUCUUUCCCAAAAUAGUUUGUUUGUAUUUCGAUUUCCUAAUGUGUCCUUACUGAAGUAUUAAGCAACUGAAAGAGGAUAAAAGAACAAUGUCACACCUUCUUUCGGAUGAAUAGGUAAAGAGUAACUAGUUAGAUUAAGGCAAAUUUGCUAAAAAAUGACCUUUUAUAACCCAAAUUUUGCGAGAAAUGACCUUAUAUAAUUUUUUUUUUUGAAAUCACACCUUAAUGUAAAUUUUUUUUUGCCAGAAAGAAUUACAUUAAGGUGUGAUUUCACAAAAAAAAUUAUAUAAGGUCCUUUUUCGCAAAAAUUGAGUUAUAAAUGGUCUUUUUUAACAAAUUUGCCUUAGAUCUGUUGAAUUGACUGAGCAGUGUAAGUGGUCUAUUUCUUUGAUUAGUUGUCCAUGUCAGGAUACGAAAUCCAAUUUCAACUGUUCCAGCUUAAGAAAGAAUAUGAUGGAACAAGUUUUGAGUGGUGUAGUAGAAGGAAAGAAAGUGUGUGUAACAGGUACCUCUGGCUUCAUAGCUUCUUGGCACAUCCUUAAAUUAUGAUUUGGGAAGAACUAGAGUCCUACAACAAUGUCUGCUGAUGUAAAGAAACUUAUUGAAGCUAUACAUAAUACAUCAGCAGAAAGAAGAAUCUAGAUUGUUUCGGUUCUUGAAUGGAUUGAAUGACAAAUAUGGAAAUCAGAGAAGUCAGAUACUGAUGAUGAGUCCAUUGCCUACUGUUGAGAGUGCUUGUGCUGUGUUGCAGCAAGAAGAGUCACAGAGAGAAGUGUUGAAAUCAGUGAAAACUGUAAUUGAAAUGUCAGAAUGAUAAAAUGCAGAUGAUAUUUCAGGCUUGUGGUGUAAAAGGUCAGGUGUUGGACUGUUGUUGGAAAGAGGAUGCCAAGAAAUCGUACCAAAAGACCAAGUUGGGACAUCAAGUCAGACACCAAAAUGGAAUGCAAUAAAGAGUAGACCUGAUCAAAUUGCGGGCUAGGUUUGGGCCAGGCCACGACUCAAAAAUUCUGCCCAAAACCUGCUAUUUCGUGCCUAAAAUAGCAGGCUUUCGGGCCAUUCAGGUUUGGCCAAUUUUAUAACUACAAAAAUGCACUUUUGAGUCGUCAAAAGCCACCCAAAAAAAUUUAAAAUUUUGUCGGGUCCGGCCCUAAAAAAUCUGCCCAAAUGGCCAGACCCCCGUCAUUUUUCGGGUCGGGCCGGGCUCAUGUUGAUCAGGUCUGGUAAAGAGCAAUUACCCCAAGAUGGCAAGAUUAGUUCAAAGAAAUGAUUCAGGGGUAUUUUUUCACUCAACAGCAACUUGAUCAAAUUGCAAAACUGUUGCCAAGUCUGAUAAAUCAGCAAAAUGGCAAGGCAACAGACACUGAUGAUGAUGAUGAGUGGAAAGACAACAUGACUCUACUACUCCAACAUUUUCCUGGUUUUUAACUUGAUUAAUGGGUCGGAAACCUAUCCAAAAGGGAGCUUUAGUACGGAAUAUUCAUGUAAAAGAUGUUGCAGAAGCACACAUUCGCGCCUUUGAGAUCCCUUCUGCUAACGGGAGGUACAUACUGAGCGAAAGGGUUGCACAUUAUUCAGAAAUCGUCAAAAUCCUGCACGAGCUUUACCCGAGUGUUAAACUCCCUGAAAGGUGCGCGGAUGAUCAGCCUUUUGACCUUGCUUACACACAUUCGAAGGACAAAGCUAAAACGUUAGGCGUUGAGUAUAUUCCUUUGGAAACUGCUCUAAAGGAAACACUGGACAACGAGAUCAUCUACUGUAACAAUGUGGUACGGGCCUAAAUGCCCGAGCGGGGAUAUUUUUUAAUUUGAAAUUUGAUGAUACAAUCAUACAAUUAUGGAAAAUAA